UAACGUUGACUUUUAAAAAUAAACUUUGUCUACAUAUUACAUAAGAAAUAAGUUGUGUUUCCUGGGUUUCUACUAAUUCAGAUUUAGAGACUACUAUUCGCUUUAUUUUUUAAUUACUAAGAUAAAUGCUUGAAAUCUAAUAAUUAUUCAACAUUAGUUUCAUUUUUAGAAUACAUAUCAAUAUUAUUUCAAAUGCUAUUAUAGAAGAAUUAUUAUUAGUAAACAUUCAAAACUGUAUCAGCGUGAAACAAUGAAUGAUGACAUUCUAUCUCUUUUAAACUUGGCGCUAGUUAAAAUGGAUUCAUCGUGUAAAGCGAUCUGAUUGGAUGACUGUUUCAUAAUCAUCGCGCGUGCGCGUGGUAAAACCCAUUUUGGCAAUAUACAUUUGCAAAUUGUAAGCGUCAGUUUGUGGUCAGUUUAUGUCAGUUGACAGUUUAUUUCAUUUGUGGAGAAAAGAAAACUUUUAAUUUUUUUAUUUCGAAAUCAAUAUAAAAUAAAUAAUGUCUGGAAAGUAUAAUGAGUUCUCUAACCUUAGCACUAAGCAAAAACGAAGGCGCUUAGAAGCAUCAAUUCACAGAGAAAGAACUAUUUCAGAAAAUAACACUUCUGAUUCGAAUGAUGAAGAAAACGCAAGAUUUGAAAAUCCGCCGAUUCAACCCUCAUCUGUUAGAUCUGAAUUGGAAUCAGACGAGUCACAAAACCUUUUGGAUAAUUCAAGUGCUUCCACCGAAUUCGAUGAUAUUUUUGAAUUUGACAUCGAAGAAGAAAAUGUAAUCGAAUCAGAUGUUUCAGAACAUGAAGUUGAGGCUGAACAAUUUAAUGAUCCACGUGAAAUAGCUAAGAGAAUUUUAAAAAAUGCGUUUCUAUCAGCUGGUUUAAAGCACACACAGGGAAAUAUAUUGCUUAAAACCUUACGAGAAUUUCCUUUUAAUUUAAACUACUUACCUAAAGAUUCUCGAACACUUCUGAAUACACCAACAAUCGUCGCUAGCAGUCAAAUACAAAUUGUACCAGGUGGAGAAUAUCUUCACAUUGGGUUUAAAAAAACUUUGAUGCAAAAGUUAAACAGCCUUGAAGAGAACAUGUUGCCAGAAAGAAUCAUCGUAGACUUGAGCACAGAUGGUGCUAAAAUAAAUAAAGGGAUGGAUCAAUAUUGGCCCAUUCAAUAUAGAAUUUAUAAUAUAUGUGACAAAAGAGUUGUUAUUGCAGGCAUUUAUAAAGGAAAGCAUAAGCCGUCCAAUCCUUUUGACUUUUUCAAUCCAGUGGUUCAAGAAAUUGUUCAGAUUCAAGAUGAAGGUGGAGUACGCAUCAACGAUAAACAAAUGCCUUUGGAAAUAAGAUGCUUCAUUGCAGAUGCACCGGCUCGAGCAUUUAUUUUAAAUCACUUUGGCCACAAUUCAUUGAAUCCAUGUUCUAAGUGCAAAGUUGAAGGGAGUCAUUGUAGUAAACCGGGUUUCGAAAGAGUUAUGGUGUUUUUAGGUACUGAACAUGCUUCGAGAAAUGAUGCAGACUAUUUUAAUGUAGUUGACGAAGAUCAUCAGAAGGGUGAAUCUCCAAUAGCUCCAAUCUUACCGCUUGUAUCUAGAGUACCAUUUGAUCCGAUGCACCUGGUGUGGAUAGGAUGUGUAAAAAAAAUAUUAUCUAGUAUAAUAGAUGGAAACUUCGGUUUUCAACGUUUAAACUAUAGAAAAAUAGAAAUAAUGAACUCGCGAAUGCUUCAGAUAGACGAAUAUUGUCCAUCUGAGUUUAAUAGACGACCAAAAGAAAUUUCUCUGUACAAGCACUUCAAGGCUACCGAGUUUCGACAACUGGCACUUUACACAGCACCAGGUGUAUUUAAAAACGUUCUUUUACAAGAAUUUUAUGACCAUUUUAUGUUAUUAAACAGUACAAUGCGGUUACUUGGUUCGGAAAACGUAUUACCAGAAUUAAAAGAUUUUUGUAAAAUGGCCGUAAAAACUUUUGUCACAUUGUGUGUACCUUUAUUUGGCGAACAAUUUAUGUCAUAUAAUUUACAUGGCAUGUUACACACUGUUGAAGAUGUUGAGGAACUUGGCCCUCAAGAAACGUUCAGUGCUUUCGACUUUGAAAAUAACAUGCCGGAGAUUCGAAAAUUGGUUAGAAAACCGCAUCUUACUCUCCAACAAAUAUACAAAAGAAUUUGUGAGAUAAAUGGUAUUAACUUAAAACCGCUCGAAACCAGCAAUCGCCUUCAAACCUCUCAAAACCAUGUUGACGGACCUUUACCACCAAAUACGGCCAUCAACAGAUGCCUUCAGUAUCAUAAAUUGGAAAUUGGAAAAUUUACCUUUGCAACAACUUUACGUGACAGUUGUUGCGUUAUUAAAGAUGGAAGAGUAGGUCUCAUUGUUAACAUUGUAAAAAUUGAGGGAGACAUGUUUUUUAUUAUGAAGAUUUUUCGAACAGUGACUUCAAUUUAUAAUGUUGGGAUAACAUCCGAAUCGGCAGGUGUAUAUUGCUGUUCUAACCUAUCAAACACGAUUGCAACUAUAAGCUUAAAUGAAAUUAAGACUAAGUGCUAUAGAAUACCUGAAUGGAGUGAUGUAGAUAGACAGGAGGAAAUGGUUGUUCCUGACACAUGGAUUUGCGUUACUUUUCUUUCUCCACUCGUUCUACCUAAUAACUAAAAAAAGAAGAGAUAAUUGAAGUAUUGUGUACAACAAGAGGACUGGGCGGAUAACAAAAGUUUUGAUAUUAUCAUGUGAAAAUGAUAACAAUUUCCUCUAGUUGCCAUGUGAUUUUGUUGCAAAAAUAUUGACUAAGUAUAUUUAAAUUCAGAAAGAAGUCAAGAUUCAAAUUCAUCGCAGUUUAUAUAUUUGUAAACUUGAGUCGAAAUAUCUCCGUUCGUCGUUUUUUAUUAUACAUCAUCGUUGUACCCAAUGUUUCAAUUCUAAAAUCGAAAUAAUCAUACAAAAUUACAUACAAUUUUGUGUUCAAAAUUUUCGAUACGUAUAGUUUUUAUAAAAAUAAAUAUGAUAUAUUCUAAAUAUAAUAAAGAUUGUCGAUAUUACAAAAAUAACCUUUGUAAUGAAUAGCAAUGCUUUUAAACGAGAUAUACAUUCUUUAAAUUAAAAAUAUUCAAUUUUAAUUAUACUAUAAAAUUUUUUUUAUAUUUAUAAUGGAUGGUAAACAUAAAUGUGGCUUCAUUACAGAAUUAUGGCUUACUUAUUAAAAAAAGGCAAUGAAGGAUCUAUCGCUAAACGACAGGAAAGAAAGUCCAAAAGUGGAAGACCAAUCUCUACUCCAGGUAAUUUAUUGACAUCUGAAGAAGAAGCACCAAAAAUAAAAAGAUCU